AUGGCGGACCUCUUCACCCGCUCCAAGCCUCCCGACGCUCCUCUACCAGGCAAAGACUACCUCCUCAUCCUCCACAAAUACCUCCGCACCAACCUCCCCCGACUAGCCCCCAGCGCCCCUCCACCCCCUUCCGUCCUACAACAAUCGUACACUCUCCUGACUCUCGGUCUCGACCCCUCGUCCCAGCCCCUUUCCCGAUCGCUCAAAGUCCCACUCACACUAGGCUUCGGGUCCCCUUCUGCGCCAAAAGGACCCAUACGACCCCUCACGCUCCGCCUACCGCCAGAUCGGCUCCUGUAUCUCCUCCUGAGAUGGCAGGCCCUCCCGCAGAAUUUGGCGCAUGUGGGGAGGACGGACGUGCCCGUGGAGGAUGGAGUACCCUUCACUGCGAGAGGCGCGGCGGAGCGGGAGGGGAGGGGCACGGAUGGGGAUGUGCAGAGUGUGAGGAGCUGGGUGGGGAGUAUGCGAAGUGUGAGCGUGGGGAGUAUGGGGAUGGGGAUGGUGACGGGGGGGAUGAAGGGGUGGUGGGGUAAAGAAGAGCCGAAUGAGGACCAAAUCCUCUUGGCUCUGUACUCAUGGUUCAAUGUCCUCCCUGCACUCCUUAUCCACCCACCGUUCUUUUCCGACCCGCCCAUUGCGGAGCUCAUCGAGGCGGGCGGAUACACACAGCUGGGCGGAGUGGAUGUCAGGGUGCCUCUGGACGUACUGCGGAAUCUCCAAGUGCUGGAGCUGGAAGCGUACGAUCCGAGAGCGUUGCUCAUACCCCCAAGUCUGACCAUGCGAAGUCUGACCGUCCGGGACGUGCAAGACGGGGACGACUGGAUAGAAGAGCUCCUCACCGUUCCCUCAUCCUCGCCGGCUGUAUCGUCCAACCCCGGCCUUUCGGCAGAAUCAGCCUCAACACCGCCCCCACCAGCCCCUCGCUUCCCUCACCUCCGCCACCUCUCCCUCCCGUCCACUUCACUCCUCGCCCUGCCGUCCCUCCCCCUGACCCACCUCUCCUCCCUCGACCUCUCGCACAACCUUCUCAACGCCAUCCCCUCCUCGCUCUCCUCCCUACCCUCCCUCGCCUCCCUCAAUCUCUCCUACAAUCUCAUCACAUCCGUCCGGAACGCCCCUCUCGCCCUCGUCGGCCCAACGACCACUCUCAAUAUCUCGCAUAACCGGAUCGACUGCCUGGUCGGGCUGGACCGCUGUCCCUCCCUCCAGCGCGUCGAUGUACGGUAUAACGACCUGGUGGAAGUGGGGGAAGUGGGGAGGUUGGCGGUUCUACCAAAAGUCAAAGAGGUGUGGGUUGCGGGUAAUGAGUUUACAUCGCCCAAUGCUCCUGCUGUGGGUGGAGUCGGAGGAGGAGGAGGCGGGGACGGGUGGAGAGUGGAGCUAGGGGUGAUGUUUGCCCAAGAGGGAAGGGAGGUCAUCGUGGACGAUACGGCGUUCUCGUGGAACGAGAAAAGGAGUAUCGAUGCUGCGCUCGCUGCGAGUGGGCGGGGGAGGCCAGUUGCGGGGUCGGGGCACAGGAAGAACCCGACCGCGCCGGCGGGGAUGGCAUCUCCUCUGAUCGGCUCGACGUCGGUGGUGGCAUCGAAACCACCUCAAUCCCGGCCAAACGGAUCAGUCUCUGCUACGCCUACGCUCUCGCACCGCCCAUCUAAUCUCGGUCAUGAGGAAGCGGAAACGGAGGCGGGUCCUUCUCGCCCUAGGUCAAAACCGGCCUCUGGCCAACCAUCACCCUUGACCGCACCAGCUUCACCUACGCCUAGCUCAGCUACCGGUGCCACUGGAGCGGCUGGGGCUGGGGCUGGGGCUGGGCAAGGGAAGAAGAGACGACCAAGACGAUUGAUCAAUCUUGAUAGUACGGAUGAUCCAGCAGAGAUAAGGGGUGGAUCGAUGCGGUUACCGCCGAAGAGUGUGUUGUAUGAGGAGGAGGAAGGUCCGGGCACGGGCACCGGGACCGGGACUGGGGUGAAGGGGAAGAUAGCGACGGGUGAGGCAGGAGCGGGGCUGGGCGAUGGGGCCGAGAGCGACUUGAAGGAUGGACAGGAAGGGGAGGAGGUGGCGGGUGCGGCGAAAGUGACGGUUGUCAAGAAGAAUCGGAGGGCGAGGGUCAGUGCGAGUAUGUUUGAGCCGAGCUAG